UGGGCAAGUCCAGGGAGACCGAGGCCCUCCGCUGACCGCCCACACCCGCGCCCACUGAGGAGGGGCCACAGCGCGGGGAGCCGGGCUUCUGCCCGCACCCAUCGGAGGGGAGGUCCCAGAGGGGGCGGGCGGCUCCCCCCGCCGGCACACAAAAAUCGGGUGAUGGGGGAGGCGCUUCGCGGGCCGGAGUCCUACUUGUGGAGCGCAGCGCGAGCGCCGGCACCGAGCAGAGCGGGCAGGGCGCCUCCCCGCCGUCGCGUCCGCCCGACCCGCCCGCUGGGGACCGCAGCUCCGCGCUCGCUGGCUUUUCCUUCCAUCACAUCUGGAAGGGGACUGAGUGCCUGCAGCCGCGGAGAUUCCAGAUCAAAAUUGAAAAAAUGGUUGACCUCACUGAACUAAUGGAAAAUGAAGUAUUCAUGGCCUUUGCUUCCUAUACAACGAUUAUUCUUUCAAAAAUGAUGCUUAUGAGUACAGCAACUGCAUUCUUUAGAUUCAGAACAAAGGCUUUUGCCAACCCAGAAGACUGUGCAAACUUUGGCAAAGGAGAAAAUGCCAAGAAAUAUUUACGAACAGACGACAAAGUGGAACGUGUGCGAAGAGCUCACCUGAAUGACCUUGAAAAUAUUGUGCCAUUUCUUGGUAUUGGCCUUCUGUAUUCCUUGAGUGGUCCAGAUCUUUCUACGGCCAUCCUGCACUUCAGAUUCUUUGUUGGAGCACGGAUCUACCACACAAUCGCAUAUUUGACACCCCUUCCCCAGCCAAAUCGUGCUUUGGCUUUCUUUCUUGGAUAUGGAGUUACUUUUUCAAUGGCUUACAGGUUGUUGAAGAGUAGAUUGUACCUGUAAGGAGAAUCCUACGACUCAUCAUUCAGUUAAUUUCUAAGAAUUCUGUACUUCUAGUUUAUAAUGAUACUUUUUUUUCUUAGAUUUUAAGUGGGAAGGGAGCAGAGAAACUAAGAUGUGGCAAACAGUCUGAAUAUUAACAUCACAAAUAUCUUUGAAUCUUAUACUUUUACUGAAAUUUUAACAUAAUUUUUAAGCCUUUUGAUUUCUUCUUUAAGUGCCUUGUUAUAAAUUCAGAUUUUAACUUGUAGCAUUCAUUCAACAUUUAAUAUUUUAAAUCUGUUAAAAGGGUGAGUGCAUGCAUGACACACCUGUAUUGCAAUAUUGCUGAAACAGGCAUAGGAAAUAAAGAAUUUGAAGAAUA